CGGUGCCGCCAGCCCUGGGCUCGGGAAGUGCUGUCACGGCUUGAGCAGGCCGGGGAGGUUUCUGCGGGCCGGGCCGGGCCGGCUAGACCUUUCCGUCGGCGGUCGCCGAACCGGGAUCGCCGCCAUGAGCAAGAUCUCCAGGUUUUUCAAGGGGGGCGGCUCGGCCGCCUCCAAGGGCCGCGGAGGGCCUUCGCCGCAGGAGGCUCUUGCCCGGCUGCGGGAGACAGAGGAGAUGCUCAGCAAGAAGCAGGAGUACCUGGAGACGCGGAUCGAGCGGGAGCUGGCGGUAGCCCGGCAGCACGGCACCAAGAACAGGCGAGCUGCCUUACAAGCACUGAAGAGGAAAAAGAGAUAUGAGAAACAGUUGAGCCAAAUUGAUGGGACGCUUUCGACCAUUGAGUUCCAGAGAGAGGCAUUGGAAAAUUCCCACACGAACACAGAAGUGCUCAAGAAUAUGGGUUAUGCUGCACAAGCUAUGAAAAAAGUACAUGAAAAUAUGGACUUGAACAAAAUUGAUGAUUUGAUGCAAGAUAUCACUGAACAGCAAGAUGUUGCCCAGGAAAUUUCAGAUGCUAUCUCAAACCGAGCCACCUUUGGUGAUGAGUUUGAUGAGGAUGAGUUGAUGGCAGAGUUAGAAGAACUGGAGCAAGAAGAACUGAACAAGGGAAUGAGACAUGUCAGGUUGCCAAGUGUUCCGUCCACAUCGCUGCCUUCUCGCCCUGCAUCAACCAGAAGGAGAGCAGAGGAUGAAGAUGAAAUGAAGAAGUUAGCUGCCUGGGCUUCAUAAGAGCAUGGUCUUUUUAUAACACUGUGCAUUAUAGUGCAAGUGUAAAGAGCUGCAAUGCUGUUUUAUAACCUUACUGAUUUACUGUGGUUGCACUUCAUACAGGCUGUUACUGCCAUAUUACAAAACUAGUUUAAAAAACAGCAAACGAAAAUUGCAACAGUUUCUAAAACCUCCAAGCAUCAAUUUUUUUUCAGCAUCCAUCACAGAUUUGUUUUGUUAUUAGUAAGAGUUUUUAUUAUUUUUUAUUUAUAUUUUACCAUAUCUUCUGGUUUGUAAAACCUAUGUGCCUCACUUACGCACAGAUCUGGAUUUGUUGUUGAAAUGAGAAAGUUAAGUAAGUCAUCAGUGUCCUAUACUAAAGGGUUAUUUGGUUCAGACUAUUUGAAUAUUAGCUGUUUUCAGCUUUAUACAUGCCCUGACUUGCAAGUUCCUUUGAGCCCAAGAGCUAACAGCUAUUCCUUUGGGCAUGAAGAUUUAAACAUCUGCCUGGAGCAACUUAUGGUGUCCUAGAUAUUAAGAGGAGACUCUUCUGUAGGUUUUCUGAAGUGGGAUAGGUUGUUUUGUUUUAACUUUGGCAAAAAUAUCCCAUGUACUUCUAUAGGUCAGCUUGAAUUGCAUUUUGAACUAUUUCCAACUUGGUUGUAGAAUUACAGUGAUUGAAGAAAAUGAAAUGUCCAAGUUCAUACAGAUCCCUGCCAAACAAAACUGAUUUUCACUAACCCUGUCAAAAAUCCAGAAGAAAUUUCUGUCUAUUUUUCCUCUACCUUGUCUUUCUAGGGUGAGUCUUUACUUUGUAUGAUAAUACUCAUCCUCAAUGAAAUUAGUAACACAUUUUUAAUGAUAUAAUUUCAAAAUAGUUCUAAUUUCUGAGCAUUCGGGUCUUUUCUCUUACUCAGUUUAUGAAUGGAAGUAAUACUGGUGCAUUGCACUUGAAAUGCCUUUUUAACCCUGGUUAAAAGUUCUAUAUUACUUGUAAAGUUGAUGAGUUAUUGCCCAAGUGACAGUUUUUUGCCUAAGGAACAAAUGCCACUCUUGAGUGCUAAACUACCGCAUAUAUGGGAAAUCACUGUUCAAAUGCCAGCCAAAAAUUAAAUAGGCUGCUUUGUACUUAGAAAGUUUAUUAAAUAAGACUGAAGCUCUAUGCUAUAGUAGCCUGCUGUCAGUCACAAUGAAAUACUAAAACACUGGAGUUCCUAGGGGUGUAGGAAGCAGUCCUUGAUCUAGGUUUCUUAUUUUCAAAUGAAUUUAAAUUUUACUGAUGAUUGAACCACUUGGGGAAUAGUGGGACACUUGGUUUCUGUAGAUCUGUAGCAAAAGAAGGCUGACUCCUUCUCCUGUGGACUUUAGCCUGUGAUUUGUUGGGUGUUUAGCUUUGACAGGCUACAAUAAUCUUCAAUGCAGUGGAUUUUGGGUUAAGCAUAAGGAAAUGUGUGUUUCUGGACAUGGCAUACUCAGAACCUUUCAAAAUGAGUUCCAUGGAUGAAACCCAAAAUGUAUAAACCCUGUGGAGAGAUUCAGUUUGUCAGGACUUUCAUUAUCUGUGGUGGAAUUGCUUUUGGUUUUUAUCCAUAUGAAAGGUGAAUCAAGCCUUGCCACUUUACUUUGGAUAAAUUUCCUACUGGAAAAAAUUAAGUGUGUGAAUUCUGUCCUAAAUUUUGGAGGUACCAGGAAAAUUGUCUGGGUUUUUUGUGAGUAAAGAAGAUCUGGAACUAUUAAAUUUUUGUUUUAAAAACAAAAGAAGGAAAGAAGGAAAGAAAGAAAGAACUGCCAUAAAUUUAAAAACACAUUUUCAACUUUCAGCAGGAAACCAAACACUAAUAAAAUGCUACUGGUUUUAAUGCUUGAUGAAAUUCGGGAUGAGAUGAUUCUGAAAGCAGGAUUAUUUUACAAAAUAACAAAUAUUCUGAGUUAUUUCAAAUCCGUUUGCUAAUUUUUCUGGCUUGAAUCCUGUUUUCAAGGUGUGCAGUCUAUGCAAGUCUCUGAAUUGGGUACAGAAUGUAUUAGCAUGCACUGGUUGCGUCACUGUGCAAGGCUGGCUGUGUGCUUGUGGACACUUGUGGUUUUGCUAAAUACGAGGCUGUGCCAACAUAGUCCCAUGGUUACUUGGAAAAACUGGCUUUUAGCAUCUGUUCUUGAUCAAAUUAGUAGCUUACCAAUACUUGGCACUUAUGUAGGUAGCACUUGGCAUACUUGAAGCGCUCUGCAACCUAACCAAAAUAGGUCUGUUAAGCCUCCAGUUUGAAACUAAAGUGACUUUCAGUCUGCUUUGGAAAAUGUGGACCUGCUGUUUUUGUGUAAACAUUUUCCAUGUGAACACCCUUCACGGGGGAGAAAAAGUCCUAGGGAAGGUCUUCUCCUUUACAAGCCAGUGUCUGACUGCUGAUCUCCAACAAUGUUUUGGCCAAGUGUUGAUCCUGGGAAGCUUCAGAUGUCUUCAGCUUAUUGAUCUCAGACCAGACACUUGAGGAACAACAUUUAUGAAAGGUGAAGAAAUGAAAUUGGUCAUUUGUGUGAGCUGCUCUGCAAGUCUGUGGGUAGGGGCUGGUGAUUCUGGAGGACAGACUCAUACCAUACAGGCUAGGACAUGUGUGGUUGGUAAAGCUAUACUCAGAAACACUGUAGUGAUGUGCACAAACCAUUAUUCACCAGGGACUGCCAGAACCGAAGUGCUUGUGGCUAUAUUUCUUUGGGAGGCUGGUUUUCUUCAGAGGCAAAGGGGUUCUAGGGAUUUAAUUCAGCUGAGGGAGUGGCUCUUUCCUGUGUAAAUUGAGGUAACACUGGAACAAAUGGCCCUUUAUUUUUUCAAACAUAUGUCUCACUUCAUGCCAAGAUGGUAUUUGUUCAGUAUGUAAGCAGUCGAGAGUGAAUAGUGUCAACAUGUUAUUGUAAAUGUAUUCUCUGUUAACUGGAACAUAUUUUACAAGAGGACUGUGGCAGCAGAUGGUGUACUAUAGCUGACUUCCUUUCUUGUUCCUUAUUUAUGUUGAAAAUGUUUACUUCUCUUAACAGGCUUGGACAUUUUUAACCUGGAUAGCUUUAAAAAGGUGAAAAUAUAUUAAUAAAAAGUGGAAAAUAAUUAAUAUAUA